AUGUAUCUAUUAUUACCCGCCUUUCUCAUCUCUGUGUGUUGCUCAGUAUGUCUGUUCCGCUCCACUGCGUUUCAAUCAUUCCUGUACUCUAUUCUGUUUAACUCGUCGUACUCUUAUCGUGUAUUAACUCUUUUUGUUAUUUCCCUCCCUAUUCUCUUCCUCCUGUAUUAUGUUCAGUGGAUAAGCAAACAAUACUAUGUGAAGAACGUUUAAUGUCAAUCCCACGCAAAACCUAUUUCGAUAUG